UUCAACAUACCAGCUCGAAGAGUUUGCACUUGAGCUUCUUUCAUGGUAGCACCGAUAUUCCACAGUGCUAGAGUGCGACGCCUGUCGGUACUGGGCUUGACAUUGGGGAUAGUUUUCGCUUCUCUGUCAACUGCAAGCGCAUUUUCAGCGACUAGUCGCCAACUCUACCAUAGCGCACAGUCAAGCUUCUUUCGAAAUCGGCAUUCACAGAGGCUUUGCGCAACUCGAAAACCUACUUUAAGGCGGAGUAUUCGAAGCCCUAUGCAACGGUCGUCUUUAAGACGAACCGUUGUGCAGUUACCGAUGAUGACAAUCAAUUCAUUCUCGGAACCGGACCGAGCUCUCGCCUUUUGGAUCAUUGCCUUUGCUUCUUCGCACAUUGGGAUGUCGGCUACUCGCAAUCGACUCAUUAUUCUAGCAGGUGAAUUUGCUGACAGGUUCGGACUGGUUGGUACUGCAGGCUGGAAGUUGCCAUCAUUCUGGCCUGGAGACAAAGUGGCGGGCCAACAAAUAUGGCCCGACACGGAAACGACUGGUAGGCAAAUAUAUCGAAUUGGCUACACAUCCUUGUCAUCUAUUACGCUCGGCAACGCUUUGGCUUUCUAUCUGCAAUCGUCGUCGGCAACGACAGAACCGUUGGGGCCGUCCUUGUGGUUCGCGGUGGCCGUUGUAGCCAACACGGCUUCCCUGUCUUCGUUGGCCAACGCCUCCCCGCUCGGACUCAUGCCGGGCUUUCAAGCUUCCAGUACAGUCAGCAGCGUCUCGGAGCUUCGAUUGGAACGCAACGAUACCUUGAAGUUCAAAGUGCAAGGCUUGACAAGGAUCACGCGGCAUCCGUUAAUUUUACCAGUAGUGCCCUGGGGCGUUGCCAACGCGUUCUUACUUGGUGGAAGACCUUGCGACUGGCUGUUGUUUGGCGGAUUAUCAUUGUACGCAGUGGCGGGAUGCACGGCGCAAGAUUUGCGCAUUUCUCGCCAGGAAGGAUCUGUUGGGACAGUUUUUCAGGCCAAUACCGUAGAUCAAGAGCCGCUACAAUCGUUUUUCGAAGCCACUUCAUUUGUCCCUUUUUUGGCCAUAUUCGAUGGCCGACAAAAUCUGGCUGACACCGUACGAGAAACGCCGUGGUUGGCGGUUGCGAUCUCCAGUGUUCUUGGUUUUGUCAUUGAGGAAAAUAUGGUUGCGUUUCUGCAGAGCUAUUCUUACUGAGACACAUGGUGACUGUUGUUCACUGACAAGCAAUCAGAAAACAAGUGUGGACGGGGGAAGCAUAGGCAGUAUGCCCAAGUCUAGAUCGUCCCUUAUCUAGAGCGGACCGACUCGUCCUGAAAGAAACGCAUGGAGAGAAAUAAUAUCAGAGAGCCGACCAUAAAACAUUUACGACGCCUU